UUACAAUGGUUAAUAGUGAAAAUUAUAUGGAUGAAGCAUCAGGAAUUAAUGAAAUGGCGUGUGGUAUUAAUGAAUUAAUAUACGGUAUAUUAUCAUCAUUAAAAGAUGUUAAAUUACUCGGUUGGCUUUAUACCAUUGCAGAAAAUGAAACAUUUUGGUUAUUAAUGAAAAAUAGAAUAAAUAAUUUAUUCAAUAAGACAUAUGAAGAUACGAUAUGGAGUUUAAUUUCAGAUAUUACACUUGAUUUAAAAGAACGUCAUAUUGUACUAAUUAAAAAGUUACCAGUUGUCGAUGAACAAGUACCAUUGAAACCAACGAUUGAACAACCAGGUGUAAUGAUGACAACAACUGUUGCCACAACUAAUGGAAAU